AAAUCCUACAAUAUUAAUCUUCAUCGGAAAAGCUUCGUACUUUAGAUAGAGCGAACCAACCCCAAAACUCCUCUCUUUUUUGAUUUUUUUUUUGUCAUUUUUAAUCGAUUAUUUCUUCGAUUAUGCAUUGAAGAUUCUCCGUUUAGAGUGAAAGCUUAAGACUUUUCUCUUUGUUUUUGCCUAUUUUUUGCUUGGACUGUAAGUUGUGUUUCCUUCAUCGUGUUUCUCCCUUUCCUAGGGUUUCAUUUCCUUUUCUGGCCAUUAUCUUCAAGUCAGUGUCUUUGAGCUCAAGCGAAAUUCCAGAAGAAGAAAAAAAGAGAGAGGAAGAAAGAAGAUUAUAAAAAAAGGAGCUGAUUUGGAUGGUUAGUUUAGGGAGAGAUAGAGGAAUCGGUGGUUUGAACUUUGAAGCUUAUUUGGAAGAUUGAAAGAAAAAACCUUCGGUUUUUAAGACAAUUUUUUAGCAAAAAAAGGGGGGGGGGGAAAUGGUUUAAAAAAUGAGUUGCAGCGAAGAAGAAACCAGAAACGUCGUCGUUUUGAACGGGUCGAUCACGGCUACUCAAAAGUUGACCAUCGAUCAAAAUUUGCUCAUUGACCCGAAAUUGUUAUUCAUCGGCUCCAAAAUCGGCGAAGGAGCUCACGGCAAAGUUUACGAAGGAAGGUAUGGUAAUCGGAUCGUUGCCAUUAAAGUUCUUCACCGUGGGAGUACUGCAGAGGAAAGAGCUGCGCUCGAGAGUCGUUUUGCUCGCGAGGUUAUCAUGAUGUCUCGAGUGAAACACGGGAACCUUGUGAAGUUCUUUGGAGAUUGCAAGGACCCACUGAUGGCGAUGGUAACCGAGCUGUUACCGGGAAUGUCGCUCCGGAAGUAUUUAUUUAGCAUCCGUCCGAAGGUUUUGGACCUUCAUGUGGCUUUGAAUUUUGCACUGGAUAUUGCUCGAGCCAUGGAUUGUUUGCAUGCCAAUGGGAUUAUACAUAGGGAUCUAAAGCCUGACAACUUGCUGCUUACGGCAAACCAGAGGUCCGUUAAACUUGCGGAUUUUGGACUUGCAGGGGAAGAAACUGUGACGGAAAUGAUGACUGCAGAGACCGGGACUUAUCGUUGGAUGGCCCCUGAGUUGUAUAGCACGGUGAUGUUGCGUCAGGGGGAGAAAAAGCAUUACAAUAACAAAGUAGACGUCUACAGCUUCGGAAUUGUCUUAUGGGAAUUGUUGACGAAUCGUAUGCCAUUUGAGGGCAUGUCGAAUUUGCAGGCAGCUUAUGCUGCCGCUUUUAAGCAAGAGCGACCUAGACUUCCAGAGGAUAUAUCCCCUGAGCUGGCAUUUAUCAUACAAUCAUGUUGGGUCGAGGACCCUAACAUGAGGCCGAGUUUCAGCCAGAUAACGGGCAUGCUGAAUGCAUUUGUCUUCACGCUCACAACGCCUUCACCAUCCAUACCCGAAUCUGACACCAGCGAGACUGCAGAAACAAGUAAAGGAACCAUGACCGAGUUAUCUGCUCGAACAAAGGGUAAGUUUGGUUUCCUUCGCCAACUGUUCACUGCCAAGAAGACAAGGAACUCUCAAUGAGGUUAAACUUUUGAGAAAAAAACCAUCUUUUUGUUCCAACUCAAGAAAUUUGGCACUCGAGAUUAGGUAUAUAUUUUAACCGAAUCUCUUCGAAUGAAGGAAAUGUAGGGGGUCAACUCCAUGGGAAAAAUAAAAGAAAAAAUAGAGCACCAUUAACACUGUCUAGUUGACUUCGUUGUAAAGAAGAUACACUUGUUUGACAUCGCCAUGUUCAUAUCAAAUGUUACAUUCAUCAUCUCCAAAAGGCAAUCAUACUGCAGCUUUACUU